CCGGGAGUGUCCGCUUGCGGCGGGUCGAGGCAGUGACCGCGCCGAGGGGACGGAGGUGCGUGAGGAGCAUCCCCGGUCCCACCGCCCGGCAGCGCUGCGGUUGUGAGGGAGCGGUGUCCCAGCCGAGGGGUUGGUCCGACCCCGGGGGUGCAGCGCUGAGCCGGCUUUGCCAGUUGAACGGUUCUGUCUGGGAUAGGGCCGCGUGCGGGGAAAAGGAAUGGGGUAGCUGUCCUUCAGAAGUUUAUUAGGAUAGACUCAAGUACUUGAUCGUUCCAUCAUAACCUCCUCUUUCUGCUCGGCCUAGUGGGACUGGUUAAGGCCAGGAGAUGUCGACCCCCCCUCUGGCUGGGGCGGGGAUGCCGCCGGGCGCUUUCUCGGGAACUCAGGCUCAGGCGGCCCGGGAGGUGAACACGGCUUCCCUCUGCCGCAUCGGCCAGGAGACCGUGCAGGACAUUGUGUUCCGAACCAUGGAGAUCUUCCAGUUACUGAGGAACAUGCAGCAACUUAUUCCGUAUGUUGAAGAAGAUGGCUCUAAGCAUGAUGAUCGUGGUGCUGCAAGUCAGCUUCGUUUUGCUAGUGAAGAGAGAAGGGAAAUUAUGGAAGUAAAUAAGAAACUGAAACAGAAGAAUCAGCAGCUGAAGCAGAUCAUGGAUCAGUUACGGAAUCUUAUUUGGGACAUAAAUGCCAUGUUGGCAAUGAGGAAUUGAACAAGGAAAAUCAAACUUUGUAUUUGAAGAAGAUACAAAUCUCAUUGGAUAUGCUUAACUUCCUUGUAAGAAGAAACAUAUUUUCCUACAAUCAUAUUGCAGUAAUGUUUGAAAAGUCUUCAAGAUUAAAAUGUUGGGUUUUUUCUAAUAACUUAAAUGGUGUUGGGUUUGUUUUUAUAGAAGAUUCAUCCUACAGGUUUUACCUGAGUGUUUCCCUUAGGCUGUACAGCAUCAGUAACUUACAGUAAUAAUUUGGAUUGCUAUGCAAAUGAGGGGGUUUAUAAAUGAAGUGUUUCUGGAUUUUCUUUAUAAUACAAUUAACAGUUUUAAAAACCUGUUUGUAUACAUCAAACAGCCUCUACAGAUAGGAAGGGUUGCAAGACAGGAAAGUCGCUCCAGAAAGCUACGGGGCCAAAAUCAGCAAUCAGAUACUGCAAUUCGAUAUGUUCUCCAUUGUGGGAACUUACACUGCAGGCUGCUAUACCAUACAAGUUCAUCUUAUUCCAUAUCCUAUCACUGGAUAUAUGAUACAUUAGAUAAAUCGGAGCAAAAUUCAAAAGCUACAUAAAAAUUAUAUCCUUAUGGAUAUAAUUAAGUCUUUUUAAGGGAAGACUACCUUAACUUCUUUUGCAAUUACAUGUUGUAAUUUCUUGAGUACUACUCUAGGUGUCAUAUGUUGAAUCAUAGAAUAUGCUGAGUUGGAAGGGACUCAUCAGUAUCAAGUCCAACUCCUGCCCUUGCACAGGACCACCCCCAGGAAUCACACCGUGUGCCUGAGAGCACUGUCCAAACGCUUCUUCAACUCAGGCAGGCUUGGUGCUGUGACCGCUUCCCUGGAGAGCCUGUUGUGGGUUCCUUCCAACUUGGCAUAUUCUGUUCUGUUCUGAUAUCUGACCAAAACUUCCCCUGCUUCAGCUUCAUGCCAUUUCCUCAAGUCCUGUCACUAGUCACAAGAGAUUGGUACCUGCCCCUCCUCUUCCCCUCAUGAGGAAGUUGUAACUGCAAUGGCUUCUCCCCUCAGUCUUCUCUUCUCUAGGCUGAACAGACCAAGUGACCUCAGCUGGUCCUCGUAAGCCUUCCCCUCAAAGCCCAUCACCAUCCUCACUCCUCUCCUUUGGAUGCUUUCUAAUACCUUAAUGUCAUUCUAUAUUGCGGUGCCCAAAACUGCACACAAUAGUCAAGGUGAGGGUGCCCCAGUGCAGAGCGGAGUGGGACAAUCCCCUCCCUCGACCGGCUGGUGAUCCUUUGCCUGAUGCCCCCCAGGACACGGUUGGCCCUCCUGGCUACCAAGGCACUGCUGACUCAUAUUCAACUUGCCAUUGACCAGGACCCCCACGUCCCUUUUCACAGUGCUGCUCUCCAGGCUCUCAUUCCCUGGUCUAUACACACAACCAGCAUUGCCCUAUCCCAGGUGUAGAAGCCAGAACUUACCCUUGUUAAACUUCAUGCGGUUGGUGAUUGUCCAGCCCUCUAUGAAGGUCUCUCUGCAGGGCCUCUCUGCCCUCGAGGGAUUCAACAGCUCAUCCCUACUUAGUGUUGUUGGCAAACUUAGUAUUCCUUUGACUCCUGGGUCAAUGGAGAUGUUGAAGAGAACUGGGCUGAGGAUGGAGCCCUGUCAAACCCUACUAGUGACCUUGCACCAUCCUGAUGUCACCCCAUUCCCUGUAACUCUUUGUGCUCAACCCAUGAGCCAUUUGCUCACUCAUUACAUAACAUGGUUAUUCAGCUAUAUGCUGGAAAUUUUGUCCAGAAGGAUCCUGUGAGAGACAGUAUCAAAACCUUUGCUGAAAUCUAAAAGGAUUACAUCUACUGGCUUUCCUAGAUCAAUUAGGUGGGUUAUCCUGUUGUAGAAGUAAAUCAGGUUCUACAAACAGGACUUCCCCCUCAUGAAGCCUUGCUGGCUGUGACAGACUGACCAGUGAUGUAUUCCUGUAGCAUUAUGUAUGGCUGGAAUACUUUGGUUUUCUUUACCAGAAUGCACUGAAUAAACGCCUCAUUAAUCUUUUCCCUAUGACUGUCAGUCCUAGGAAACUUUGGGGUAUACGAGCAGUUGAUUAUUUUGAGUUAAUCGUCAACAUUCAUCUUUCUUUGUUCUGCCCUUGCUGUUCUUCACAAUUUUCGUUAGCCCUGAAAAUAGACCUGAAAAUUUUUGUUAUCCACAGAUGCUGCCAGUGGACUAUUGUCUCUUUUUCCAGAUGAAAGAAUAUGUAAAACAACAAUUUCAGUACAAAUCUAUGGGGCACUUUACUCUUAAUAUUUGUCAAGUUGAAAACUUAUCAUCUUCAUGAUUUGCUUCUUGUGUAUUACUUUUAAUGCUCAUUCUGUGUCCAGUCAGAUUCCUUAGUAGUUUUGUGUAAAAGAUUUGUUCAGAACCUUCUGAAGCAUCCAGUUAAAUGGUAUCCUUUUGAAAGAUAUCCUCUCUACAGUCUUGGGGGUUGAUACUGAAUGCUUACUGAUUUGAGAUUUAUGGGUUUAAAAUGUUAUACUGCUUUUCACAGAAUCAUAGAAUGGUUUGGGUUGGAAGGGACCUAAAGAUCAUCUCGUUCCAACCCCCUGCCAUGGGCAGUGAACCUUCCACUAGACCAGGUUGCUCAGAUCUUCAUCCAGCCUGGCCUUGAACACUUCCAGGGAUGGGACAUCCACAGCUUCUGUGGGCAACCUGUUCCAGUGCCUCAUCACCCUCACACGUGUUUUAUUGUUCUGUCAGUCCUUUUAAUUUUGUUUUUUAAUAAUUUCAACCCAUUUGUCUACUCCUUGAGGUAAAAGUCACUGGUAAUAGAUGUGCUCACAGCUGGUUAACAAUAUGUGCCUUUUCCCUAAAAUUCAGUACAAUAUAGUUGUCUUUUGUUUCUCCUUUUGAAGGCUGUAAAUAUUAACAGAUGAAUGGAUGUCCUGUCUUAUAAUUGCAAAUAAAGUGUUAGAAAAUGUUAA